AUAGUGUUUGAUGAUUAUUAUUAUUUGCAAGAAAAUGAUUAUUUUAUAUGAUAAAAGAACUUAAAAAACUUGAGAACGAAAAUGUUUUAAAAUGUUACUUGGACGAAUAGAAUAUACAUGGGUUUUAUUAUGUUGUAUUUUCGCCUAUCUUGGUCGGUUCUCUCAUGGUUUCCCACAUGCAGUAGUGACACCUACAUAUACAAGCGGCAAUAAGUACCGGUUUAAAGGAGUGUGCGAGUUUCCUCUAGACACUGGAGAGUCCUCCUUUACCGUCAACAUCACCUUUGAUAAAGAAAUAACCGGAUUUCAGUUUUGGAUCACUCAAGACGUAUCGGUUGACCCAAGCGGGAAAUGGAUUUGCGUCAGAAACAAAUUUCCAGAACCAGGACCACAAGUAAUUUCCCUACAAUUUCACGCUGACUUUGAAAGUCCAGGCGACCCAGUAGGCGAGUGCUAUGUCCAGACAAAUAGUCAGACACAAUGCCUGUCCUAUG